GAUUUAAAAACCUCUGCCGGCAGACGACGGUCGUCACGGACCAGACGGGUCUUAAAUAAUUCGUCUAAUAUUAUUACUUAACAUCCACCGCGCAAUAUAAACAACACGCUAAUAUGGAUUAGAUGGUGUCAGUGAAUCAAACAUGUGGUUGACCAGAUAUGUAUGCUGUGAUGCUCGUACAGCAUAGUCAAGUGAAACUUUUAUGAUGCAACGUAAAUUGAUAGUAUUACCACUUAUUAAUCGUCUUGUGACGUUCUGUGCACUAGGAACAUGCUGUGUCGAAUACUUGUGUUGUGUUUGAUGUAGUUAUAGUGAUUGCGUUAUGAGACUGAUUGCCUUAACCGGCGGCCGACGAAAACAUAUUCUCUUCAGCAUCGUCUGCUCUUGUUAUAGACGAAGAUAUACUGUAUCCACUCUACUAUCCUGGUACUAACUGGGGCACCUGGAGCAUGCAAUUUGGUUACUUGGCAUCAACACACUGGCAAGAUGGACACAUGGCUUCGGACCUGCCUCCUUCUGUGCUUAUAUGGCUUCUUUAAAGAGCUCAGGCCAUCUGAACCCUUUCUUACCGAGUACCUCUUGGGACCACAACAGAACCUCACCGAAAACCAGGUGUAUUACGAUGUUUAUCCAGUGUGGACAUAUUCUUAUUUAUCACUACUUAUUGUAGUGCUCUUACUAACUGAUUUGCUGAGGUAUAAGCCAGUCAUCGUUUUUGAAGGCAUUGGCUAUGUUGUCACAUGGAGUCUUCUUCUCUGGGGUCGGGGCGUUGGGGCGAUGCAGCUCAUGGAGUUCACCUAUGGUAUUGCCACAUCCACAGAAGUAGCAUAUUAUACUUAUAUCUACGCAAAAGUGUCUUCCAAGUUUUACCAAAGGGUAACAAGCUACACCCGUGCUGCUCUACUCACAGGAAGAUUCAUGUCUGGUGUAUUGGCACAGGUGCUCACAUCAACACACUUGCUGAACUACCAUACUCUGAACUACUUUUCAUUAACAAGCGUUAUAAUAGCCUUCCUGAUUGCCUGUUGCCUUCCAUCAGUUUCAACCAGCAUAUACUUUCAUCGUCAGCAGUAUGUGCCAACCAGUGAAGGAGACAGCUCCAGUUCUCUUACAGGGAACCAGGAAAAGGAGAGUAUAAUAGCAAAAAUAUCAAAGGUUGCAGGCUUUAUCUGGGAUGACUUUAAAAGUGCAUACAGCAACAAGUACUUGCUGAAGUGGUCCAUCUGGUGGGCCUUUGCUACAUGUGGAAAUUUCCAGGUUGGCAAUUACAUCCAGCCCCUAUGGGAAAGCAUUGCCCCGAUGAAUGACAAUGAGAAUUUGUACAAUGGGGCAGUUGAAGCAGCACAAACAUUACUCAGUGCUCUGGCAGCAUUUGGAGUUGGUUACCUGCAUCUUAACUGGGAGUUCUUUGGAGAGGGAACUUUGGCGGUUAUUUCUUUGAUUGAUGGUCUUCUUUUAUGCUUCAUGGGUCUCACAUCAUCAAUCAUAGUGGGCUAUAUCAACUAUAUUUUCUUCAGAGUUUCCUAUCAAGUUCUAAUUACGAUUGCCAGUUAUCAAGUUGCAAAAGAGUUAAAAGCCGACAGCUAUGGCUUGGUAUUUGGGCUCAAUAUGUUUGUAUCACUACUCUUACAAUCAAUUCUUACCUUUGUGGUUGUUGAAACUCUAGAAACAGAACCCUAUAUGCAGUUCAUCAUUUAUGGUGUCUAUUACCUGGUCCUCGCUUUCUUCUUCUUCAUGCUGUCGGCAUAUGCUUGUGGAAAAUUGGGAUUCAACGGCUUGCGAGAGAUUAAUGUGUGGGAAACACAACCGGGACAGUCAAUUCAAGAGCCUCCAGUUGGAACUACUGAAGCAUUUUAAGUGGUUAAUAUAUUGUACAUUAUGCAAUGUACACAUAAUUAGUCCAUUUAUUAAAACUGAUACUGUAAUUUAAUUAAUAAAUUUAAUGUUUUACAAGACCCAUUGUAUGAGACCAAAUAUUUAAGUAGAUUAAUGUACUUUAUUAUAGGCCAUAGCCUCCCGAGACUGAUGGAUGCCUACUAUUACUACUAUUCAAUAAGAAUGCCCUAUACAUAAUAAUGUACAGUACUGUACUCUAAAUAUUUGGUCUCAUACAAUGGGUCUUGUAAAACAUUAAAUUUAUUAAUUAAAUUAUCAGUUUUAAUACAUGUACAAAUUGUGUGUACUGUACAUUAUUAAUUAAGAGGAAAUAUUUAAGCUGAUUCUAGUACAUUAUGUUAGUACAAUCCUGUAAUGGAAAAUAUAUAACUUGCAAUAAUGAAAUAGUUUUGAAACAUUCAAUUAAUAUUUUAUUGAAUUUUGUCUUUAAGAUUAAGUACAAUUAAAGUUAAUUGUUUAGUUACUGUAUAUCAGAUUAUUCCAUUCCACAGUGAAUAUAUGUAUACAUUUAUUUGUAUAUACUGUUCUGUAUAAUAUACUCAUGUUUCCCUUAGUUCCUUUCAUAUGUUGUGUUGUAUUAAAGUUAUGUUUUUAGUAUUUGUUUUUUUUUUAUUUAAAAUGCCUAGGUAAUAAGGUGAAUAACCCCCCCCCCCAAAUUAACAUGCUAGUGAGUCAGCAAUCCUUUGCUUACGUAUACUGUACAUCUGCAGCUGCCACCCACAAACCACAUGAUCCUAAAACUCACAAAGAGUAGAUUGUUUAGUCUCGCCUCUAGUGCAAGUAACAAUAUUAUCAGUGCCUCUUGUUUCCUGUGGGGAGCUUGUACAUACUGUACUUAUUAAUAUACUUAUUGUAACUGGU